ACUAAAUACAUCAAUAAGCUCGAGGUAUUCAUUCAGUGCAAAUUAAGACUUGCCCGAAAAGGAAACAACCCAAAUGUCGUUGCAUAUCCCAGCAAAGCCCCCUUCUCGCUCAUUCAGCGGCAAGGUGGCAAUCGUUACAGGUGCCGGCUGUGUCGGAGAUGGCAUUGGAAAUGGCCGUGCGAUCUCCAUUAUGCUGGCUGACGAGGGUUGCAAUGUGAUUUGCUUGGACAUGGAUUUGGCAUGGGCCGCAAAGACUGCCGAUAUGGCCAACUCCGAGACAGGGCGUGGAACAGCAAUCCCCUUCCAAGGAGACGUCACGUCGGCAUCCGACUGCGAAGGGGUGGUUAACCUUGCGCUGUCGAAGUUUGGGCGCCUGGAUGUUCUUGUCAACAAUGUCGGAAUCGCUGGCGCAUCGGGCACCGCGGUGGAAGUGGAUAUGGAGCACUGGGCCAAGAGUCUGGAAGUCAACGUUUCGAGCAUGGUGUUAAUGUCGAAGUAUGCGAUUCCUGCCAUGAGCCGCAACGAAGGGGAAGUCAAAGGGUCCAUUGUGAACAUGGGAAGUGUGGCUGGACUCAAAGGAGGGACGCCGCAUUUACUCUACCCGACUUCCAAAGGGGCCGUGGUCAACAUGACCAGGGCUAUGGCUGCACAUCACGCCAAGGACGGCAUCCGCGUCAACUGCGUUUGUCCCGGGAUGCUUUACACACCAAUGAUGUACGCGGGGGGGAUGACCGAGGAAGCGAGGGCGGCGAGGAAGGCGAGGAGUUUACUAGGCACUGAAGGUACGGGUUGGGACUGUGCUUGCGCGGUUACAUUCUUGGCUGGGAAUCAUGCGAGGUGGAUUACGGGGGCAAUCCUGCCUGUUGAUGCAGGGACGACGGCAGCUGUUGGGAUUGGAAUGCCAGCCAGCGCAAGCGUGAAUGGGUGAAGCAUCUGGAGAGUUUUAGUUCAGAGUAAUAAAUUG